CUCGGGUGACGCGCCCGUCCGCACCUGAAGCUCGGCGGCCUAGAUGAGAGGAGGAGACCGUCCCUUCCUGAGAGAGGAAACUCGCACCGACGUAAAGAAACCAGUGCAGACGAGCCCAGCGUUAGUGUUAAUUAAGCGCGUUAAUACCGCAGUUUCACUCAAACUCUGCGUCCUCUCACACUCAGUUAUCCGCGUUUUAGUGACUUUUCGGGUCGGAAAGAGAAACGCAGCUACCGAGAGCGACAGCCGGGAGGGAAACAGCAGUGUGUAACCUGGGUUUUUGACAUGGCUGAUCUGCUGAGGCUGCUGCUCCGGGUGGGUGAGAAAGCGGCUAACGUGGCUCGGGUCUGCAGGCAGGAGGCUCCCCUCUUUCAGCUCCUCGUACAGGAGAAGACUGGAGAUGAUAAGAACAAGAAGUUUGUCCAGGACUUCAAGACGCUGGCUGACGUGGUGAUCCAGGAGAUGAUCCGGCAUGAUGUUGGUGCACAGUUCCCUGAGAUGGUUGGCUUCAUUCAUGGAGAGGAGUCCAACAAGUUUGAAAAUGGGCUUGGGGAGAGUGUGACGGUCACAGUGUGCGGUACGGAGGAGGAGACCGCGAUGCUGCUGGCCUCGGUGCUUGAUGGUGACCACACAGCAGCAUCUCUGCUGGCCCGAGCGAUCCACCAAGACCCAGCGACCAUCGACGCUGACACAGAUGGUCUUAAGGUGCCCCUCAGCCCUUCUGAACUCGGCAUCUGGAUCGACCCCAUAGAUGCCACCAGCCAGUACAUAGAGGGCCGGGAGGAGGUGCUGGAGGAGGGCCGCCUGUUUCCUUCAGGUCUACACUGUGCUUUGGUCUUAAUUGGGGUUUAUCUCCGGAGCACAGGCGAGCCCGUCAUGGGCGUCAUCAACCAGCCGUUCAACUACAAAGAUCCAGCAGGUGGAGGCUGGAGGGGGAAGCAUUUCUGGGGGGUGUCCUGUGACGGCGUCAACGCCUGCUCAGAGUCCCGUCCAAAAGAUGGACCUGGAGGCAGGCUGUCUGUGGUGCUGAGCUCCAGUGAGAAGCAGGUGGUAAAGGAAGCCCUGACUUCCCUCUGCGGCCCUGACAAGCUGGUGUACGCCUCUGGAGCCGGCUAUAAGAUCCUGUGUGUCAUACAGGGCCUGGCUGAUGUUUACAUCCUCUCAGAGGGAAGCACCUUUAAGUGGGACUCCUGCGCUCCUCACGCCCUGCUCCGAGCCCUCGGAGGGGGGGUGGUGGACCUGGCUAAGUGUCUACAGUCCAGCUCUGGGGCACGGGAUCGGCAGACAGAACUGACCUACCACCAGCCUUACGCUGAGUGUAAAGGGGCAGACCGCUGGGCCAACCAUGGCGGCCUGGUGGCGUAUCGAGACUGUUCUCAGCUCCAAAGUGUCAUGGGAGGUCUGAAAGGGAAGUUGUAGUUGAAAAGAGCUGUGGAUGUAAUUAUGAUGCACUUAUUGCUGCAUUCAUGAUCGUAUUCAUGUUUUCUAUAUUAGCAGAGAGAGAAGUGUGGGGGCACAGUAUGAAAUAUUUUAAUUGUUUUUAACCAGAUAUAUUUGCAAGUGUGUGUGUAUGUAUGUAUACAUAUAAUAUAUAUAUAUACAUAUAUAUAUAUAUAUAUAUAUAUAUAUAUAUAUAUGAUCAUCUUGUCUGAGCCCAAUAAUAUUUCCAAAUAAUGUUUGGUCUUAAUCAGUGGCUCUAGAGGCUGUACGUUGAGGUGGGGGGUGAAUUACCAGGGGAAAAACAUGGAGCUAAACAAGACUUGAAUGAAUCUGAGUAAUUUAACAAACAAGAGUGUUGUGAUCCUCACAGUCGUCAAGAUUCAGAUUAAAAAGAUUUGUUCAGAGAGCCAAAAGAGUACAUUAGCUCCUGUUUUGAAAGGGAAGAAAGGAGUGGAGGUCAAAGGGUGGAGUGACGGAAGAUGUUUGGAAACCACUGAUCUACAUCUUAUCAGACAAUAGGGACUUGCCUAAAUGGGUCAAUGUCCUAGAAAGCUGAAAGUUUAAUCACAAGAACGUUUUACUCGACUUCUGCGAGUCACAAGUUGUUGGCUUCUUCCUCACAGCUCUAACAAACUUAACAUUAUCUGUGAAUUUUGUUUUGCUCAGACCUGAUAAUUGUUUAUUAAACGUUGCUUUAGGCCACAUAAAGAAAGGGUAUAAUAUUAGUAAAAGAAAGCACAGUGCUCACUGCCGGACAGCUGAGGAACACUUCACUGCCAGAGGGAAGGUAAUGUGGCAUCACUUCUGCUUCUGACUGAUCUGAAGGAUUUUUCUUUGAGUCUAAAUUGCAGUUAUGAAAAGUGAUAUUAGAAAUGUUCCACCUCGUCUAACCUGUAAAAGGCAAUAAUAAGUCAAGUGAGUGAAUGAGACUCAAAUCAAGCAGGAAUCUGCACCCCUCUGAAACAGCUCCUUUUAAGGAGCGGAGGGAUAGACACGUCCUGCUCUCUUUCUGUGGCUAUAGCACUAUUAGUUAAUAAGGUCAGAGAAUGGAAAAGCCAUAUGAGGUAAGACAGUGACACAGAGAGCCCCUUUCAGUGUGGGUUUACAGUAAAAAUGAAGUAUUAAGCCAAUUUGAAGGAUGGGACCUAUUCAGGCUGACGGACUCCUCUAAAGGAUGGAAACAUUAUAUUAAGAUGUUUGCAAUGAUGACGUGUAACAUAUGUAACCUUACUUUCAUCGUCACUGUAUUGUUUGAAAUGACUUUAAUAUGCAUUGUUAAGUAACUGAGGAGUCGUUUGUUAUGUAUACUGAGCAUAAAACAGAACAACAAUGUGCGUAUAGGAAAUAAUCUUUAUUUUGAAAACCAGAGAAAGCAGGGGAAAGAAACCCAACAGUGAUAUUUUAAAACUGUUUGCCAGCCAGGGAACUCGCAUCAUAAUUCCCUACAAAAAACCCUGAUGAUUGUCAGAUAUUUUUUGCAAUACUUCUGCAUAUUCUGUGAUAAAAUUUGAAAACAAAAACAAAA